UGGGCUGAAUAACUGCUAAUAAUUUGAAAAAAUGAAUUUCUAUCGUGAGAAUUUGUUUCCGACUUUUCUUAUUGAAUCCGGAUGAAUCACAAAGGAACUGGUAGCAAACUAGCAAACAAAUUUUACUUUUAUCGAGAAAUGCAACUGCAAUGCGAAAAAGUUUUCGCUGAUCCAGUUUCGCUCAUCCAGCACCAAUUAUAGGAGACUGCAGUACGAGGGGGACGCGUAUUUUGCUCAUCAGAGACAGAGUCGGACAGAUGCGAGUAAGGUUCGGACACAUUCAAAAUAUCAUUUACGGAUCCAAACAAACUCUUGAAUUGAACUUGAAAGCUUUAAAUUUAAAUUAAUUCAAAAAGAGUUCCUAAAUAUUAUCAAACUCUUUAUCUUCUUGAAAUUGUGAAAUAAAUUAAAUGUUUUGAGUCAGUUGAGUGGUGCUGAAAUUAUGUCGCAAGACAUGCAGCAAUGACAAAAAUCUCACGGCAUGGUGUAUUCCGAGGAAAGCCCUGCGUGGUCCCUUCAUGCAAGCAUUACUCCUUCGACAAAGAUGUAAAAUUCUUUCCAAUCCCACGCGAUCUCGUUGCCCGCGACGAAUUUCGUCGAUUAUGUGGAAUACAUCACUUUCAAAAGCAGUCGGCAAUUUGUUCGGAUCACUUUACGCCAGAGGAUUUCAGUGAAAGUGGGACCUUACUGCGAUCUGCGCGACCAUCGCUGAAUCUGAUUAAUUCAAAUUCUGAUGCACUUACAACCAUAACAGAAUCCGGUUUAUCGCGUGACUCCCGGCGGCGGGCGGCCAGUAAACAAGGCAGCAUCUGCGCCGUUCUGGGCUGCAAUAAAUACGCUGGCGAUCGGAAAGCAGAGAACCUGCAUUUCUUCAAAUGCCCCCAGAAACCGGCACCGGAAGCCCCGGAAGAACAGCGGGAUUUGUAUAAUAAAUGGUUCAGCGCGUGCUCCCGUUUGGAUUUGACGGAAUUUGCCAACCACCACCGUGUGUGUUCGCGGCACUUUGACGACGCUGACAUCGACCAACAUCCGCACGUCUGCCGUACGCGCCUCCGCCCGGGGAGCUACCCCAAGAAAUUCCUGGGCAAACUGAAACAUCCUUCCAUGGGCAAGGACAGUCACACUGCACCGCCGGCUCCGACGCCGUCGGUGCCGAUCAUUUCCCACGCGGUGAUCGAGGAAGCCGAGAAGAUCGAAGAAAUCCACGAUCACCAACAGAAUCCGGAGCAUCCCGUUGAUGAGCCGGUUGUUAUUCAAACAGCCACUGUCGAAGAAACUCCGGUGGUUCAGGUUGAGGAAAUGGCGGAUGUCAAUAAGGAUGACGAUGUUGCCGGAACGGAAGCGAUCGAAGAAAUCGUUCCUAGCGACAUAUGGAAUUCUGUAAUCUCGGAUGGAUUUCAAGCUCCGGUGGCGGAUGACGGGGGCACUGCUUGGAAUGUGUAUCAGCGCGACGCUGACCACAUCGUUUUUGCCCGUAUUCGUCCAGUAUUAAUCUCCCACGCCGCGCCGUUGUAUUAUUCCAGCACCGUGGACUUUGUUCGCAUCAACCGUGAUUUGAGCGUCGUGCUGUCUUCCGGCAACCGUGUCAUACCUUCCCAGGUGGUAUCUUCCUAUUUUGCCGAAGCCAGUUUGUCCGCUGGCGGACCAGUUUUGAGCCCGUUUUUAUACAAUUUUGCGGCAUUCGAUGGAAUUAUUUUUAAGUCUAAGAAAUGACGGAUCCCGAUGCAGUUAAUGGUAACUGUUGUGUGUCGACGUUUUAUUUAUUGUAAAUUAUUCUGAUGUUAACAUGGUUUUGUGUUACAUCAUUGUUAUUGUUAUAUUUUAUUAUCAUCAUGGUCUGCACAGAAUACCGAGAAAAGAAGUUGUUUUACUCGUAAAACGUUCGGGUGUUUCGGGUUGGCAACACAUUAAACGCAUUUACCUAUUGGCGGGA